AUGACACGAUCAAAACAGAUCAGCCGCAUCGCUGUCAUUGGUGCUGGUCCUACGGGUCUUGCUGCAGCCAAGUACUUGCUCGCUGAAAAGUACUUUGAGAAGAUCGAUGUCUUUGAGCAGAGGGCUGUCGCCGGUGGGGUCUGGAAUUACUCUCCACCUUCCUUGAAGGACCAGGUCCCCAGGACUGUGCCUCAGCUUGACCCCCACCAGCCCCUGCAAGGACCAAUAUGGCAUACGGUCAAAGGAGGGGAAGAGCCGGUAUUCGUCUCGCCAAUCUACCGAGACUUGGAGACGAAUCUUCCCAAAGAGAUCAUGCGGUACAGCGACAAGCUCUUCAAGGCGAAGACCCAAGUACUACCUAAGCAUGCCACGGUGAAGGAAUACCUCCAAGAGUAUGCGGAAGAAAUCCGCCACCUGAUCCAAUUCGAGACCCAGGUCUCCGAUGUCAGGAAGGAAGUUCUUGGAGAAGGCAGUUGGUCGGUCACUACGAGGAGUCUGCGUACGGGAGACACCAAGACCAACUCGUACGAUGCCGUGGUGGUCGCUAGCGGCCACUAUGAUCUUCCGUUCACCCCGGACAUCCCCGGGAUCACGCACUGGAAUGAGACAUAUCCCGGAGUCAUCUCACACUCCAAGCUCUACGACUGUGCCGAACAGUUUCGUGACAAAAAGGUUGUGGUGGUGGGGAGCUCGGCGUCAGGCCUCGAUAUCAGCAACCAGAUCCUCCCCGUCAGCAAGGGAAAGGUCAUCGUCUCCGAGAGAAACCAGUCGCUGCUUGCUUCCGCGGCGGGGGAUACCAGCAAAGUCUAUCGACCUCAGAUCGUGGAGUUUCUGCCGUCAGAUUCCCACAGCCGAGCCGUCCGCUUUGAAGAUGGGCAUGUGGAGGAGAACAUUGAUGCCAUUGUGUUCUGCACCGGAUACUUGUAUACAUUUCCGUUCUUGUCCUCGCUGGAUCCACCUCUCAUCACGAACGGCCGGCGAGUGGUGAACACAUAUCAGCAUCUCUUCUACAUCCAUGACCCCACCCUGGUGCUCACUGCCCUUCCGCAAAGAGUCGUGCCAUUCCCCUUGUCUGAGAAUCAGGCCGCUGUGUUUGCGCGUGUGUUCUCCGGACGCCUCAGCCUCCCAUCUCCAGAUGCGAUGAACGAGUGGGAGCAGUCCACCGUUCGUGAAAAGGGGGAGGGGACGCCGUUUCACCUGCUACCGUUUCCUCAAGAUGCUGAUAUGAUGAAUUUCUUGCAUGACUGGGCCAAGCAAGCCGAGCCUCGACCAGGACUUGACCACGGCGGUCAUGGCAAACCGUGCAAUGAUUGGGGAGAGCGCGAGAGAUGGAUCCGAGCACAGAUUGCGGAUAUCAAACGAGCGUUUGGACAGAAAGGCGCCGAGCGUGGUUUGAUUACCUCUCUUGCGCAACUCGGUUUCGACUAUGAUAGACGGGAUGAGGAAGAGAAGAAUCCCUCCAGUAUACAUUUGGGCUAG